GUAAAUCCGGAAUAGAAGAAGAAGGAGGAGGAGGAGCCGGCGGCGGUCUCCUGCCAGCAGAGCAGAAGAAGAAGAAGAAGACGACGGUCGUCAGCGUUAGCAUUAGCAUUAGCAUUAGCGUUAGCUGGUUUGUAAAGUUCACACGUCACUGCUGCCGUGGGAUGUAGCGACAUGUCUCUGCAGGUGACGUUGCAGCAGAGAAUCGUCUCCGCCCAGAUGUUGCUGCAGCGGGCGGAGACGCUCUGUCCCGGCGUGGAGGGUCACCAGAAGCUCUGUGGGAAACUGCGAGCGGAGCUGCGCUUCCUGCGGCGGGUGGAGGCCGGAGAGCUGCAGGUCAAAGAGUCUCACCUGCACAGCACCAACCUGACUCACCUGACGGCCAUCGUGGAGUCGGCCCAGAGCCUGGAGGGCGUGGUCGCUCUGCUGCACGUCUUCACCUACCAGGACGCCGCCGGAGGCCGGCAGACGCUGGUGGUGGACGUGGUGGCCAAUGGGGGACACACCUGGGUGAAGGCGGUGGGCAGGAAGGCGGAGGCUCUGCACAACAUCUGGCAGGGGCGGGGCCAGUACGGAGACAAGAGCAUCAUCAGGCAGGCCGAAGACUUCCUGCAGGCCGGCCGCCAGCACCUGGUCCAGUACCGACACCCCCACAUCGUCUUCGCCUUCUACAACGGCGUCUCCUGCCCCAUGGCCGACCGCCUGAGGGACAUGGGCGUCUCCGUCCGCGGGGACAUCGUCGCCGUCAACGCCAUGGAGACGGAGGAGGGAGCAGAAGAGGAGGAGGAGCAGGAGGAGGACGACGAGGAGGAGCCGGUCGAAGAUAACGAGGAGGAGGUGACCCGGGUGGACCGCGGCACGGUGGUGGCCAGCCUGGCGUUCCCUGCUCAGGUGCAGGUGGAGGAGUGUCGGCGGGUUAACCUCGACAUCACCACGCUCAUCACGUACGUGUCAUCGCUGAGUCACGGGCGCUGUCACCUCACCUUCAGGGAGCCGGUGCUGACGGAGCAGGCGGCCCAGGAGCGCCGGCUGCAGGUGCUCCCGCAGCUCGACGCCUUCAUGCAGGGGAAGGAGCUGUUCGCCUGCCGCGCCGCCGUCCACGACUUCCAGGUGAUUCUGGACACGCUGGGGGGGCCGGGCGAGAAGGAGCGCGCUCAGAAGCUGCUCGCCCGCCUCCGCGUGGUGGACGACCAGCCUUCGGAGCGCACGCUGCACCUCACGCCAAGCGCCAAAGUCAACCGCCGCUCGCUCAUGAUCUUCGGUACCGGAGACUCGCUGAGAGCCGUGACCAUGACCGCGAACAGCCGGUUCAUCAGGGCGGCGGCCAAUCAGGGCGUCCAAUACAGCGUGUUCAUCCACCAACCCAGAGCCCUGACCGAGGGCAAAGAGUGGAGGGCCACGCCCAUCUGAGACAGCGGGGGCUGCUGGGAGUUUGAGUUAAAUGUUGGUGAAAUAAAAUCUGCUGAGCGUUAAAACAUCGGAGGCACUUCCUGCUCGCCUGCUGCAGGAGGUCACAUGGUUCCUUCCCUUUGCAGCCACAUGUGAUCAGUGACACUUACAUAAAUAUACAUAUAAAUAAAAUGAUAUAUAAUCCUGAAAUAUCUGUGUUGGUUUUGGCAUUGAAUCAAAUUUCCAAAGGCUAAUGCUAAGCUAAUGCUAGGCCCUGUGUCUCGAGCUCAGUUCCUUAUUUUUAUUGGAUCAUUAUUUAAAUGGCUGAACUCUGUAAUGUCUGUUUUUUGCCAGUUAUAUCAUUAAUUUCAACAUUUCUGUUUUUAUUGAUUUAUUUCCUGAUGAACUGUGUGUUGGACGUUCUCUGUAUUUAUUUUCCAGGGUUUCUAAAUAAAGUUUUGUUAGAGUCC